AUGCCUCCUGACGAUGAUCUAUUUCCGUCGCGCUACAAGUAUUCAACAUCUGGUAUUGCUGGCGUCUUCAAAUCAUUAAGCGCUUCCCGGACGAAAUCAAAUUCCGCCGCCUCAUUGUCGGAUAGCAGCGACUCCCUUUACCAGUACGCGGAUGGACACACAAGCUAUUGGAAGCCAUCAGGAUUUGACUCAAUGCAUCGUGGAAGUGUGGUUUCUAGCUCCUCGGAUGCUUCGGGGGGUCGGGAUUUCGAGACAUCCGUCAAAUUGCUGGCGCAGAAACAGAAUUUGAGCCAUGCCUGUGAUGAAGCGGAGCAAGUGGCCAGAGCCCCUCAGUGUUAUACUCCAGAGCAGGCUCUUGAACUCUGGGAAGCUGGUUCACAUUUAAUGCACCACGAAGGAUCUUUCGAAGUUCGACGUAGUGGCUCCCUAUUGUUAAUGUGCAUUUCCGCGCGCCAGGAUCUUUCCCCCGCAGCUCGUCGCACGGUUUUCGAUUCCAUAUUGUCCGAAUCCGAAUCAGAUGUUAUCCCAGCUCGCGCCCAAGCCUUGGUAUCGCUGUCAGAUCAUGGCAGGCGAUUAGAGUUCGCUACUUCGUCACUUCUGCCUCUAAUAUCAUCAUUCCUACUCCCGGUAUACGAAAUCAUAGCCGCGGCGCGGACAAAGGCGAGAAAAGCCAAAGUCGGAAAAGCGAAUGGACUCGCCUACGAAGAUACUGUGUUGGAUGAUCUUCUUCAGUUCGCUGUUGACCUCAUCACCCUGCAGCGAAAGCAGCCAGAGAGCGACGAGGUUCGAGAACUAUUGGAUCAGAUUUUCAUAAUCUGCAAAAAGACGAGUGUUGUCGCUGACAUCAAGCAUUCCUUGGCCGUUUUUGAUGCCGUGAUCCUCUAUGGAGAUGUCCCUGAUGGAAGUUUCGUCCCCAUGCUUGAGGUACUCUGUAGCAUUCACGCAUCCGUGAAACCUCUAUCGGGCCCUACGUCAAGAGCUGUUCGAAAUUUGGCUAAGUCUAAGCGGAAAAGUGAAAUGGUGGAUAGCCUUCACUCCUUCUUGCGCGACCCGACCGGUCACUACGGCCAACAUCUAAAUAUCUUACGCGGCGCAGUUUAUGCAUUCGCUGACCUUAUUCGCGCACAUGGCCAAGAAGGCAUAGCGCAACUGCAGUUUGAGCCUCUGAUGGCCUCUCUUAAAAUAGUCGUCCAGAAGAACGAUGGCCGGCUAGAGGCGGACAUUCUGGAGCUAUGUUUGAAUACGCUGGAGGGAGAUUUUGCCCAAGUCAGCUUGACACAAAACUGGACAGGCUUUGUCAGUGUUCUCAAUUCCUGUUCUAAACGGGUGGUCGAAGAACCGGAAACGAGUGCUGCACCUCUCAGCCCAGACUCUCCCCAGUCAAGGGGUAGUACCAUCGAUGAUGUCAAGCCAAACAUAUUGGCCAACAUUGUUCAGAUCGCAUCUGCCGUGGGCUCGCUUUGGGACAGCUUGAACGGACAGCAGAGACUGGAAAUCACGAACUUUUUAUCCAACGUAUGCCAGCAUAUUGAGCCAUCUCAGGCUGAACUGAUCCUCAACACUAUGAGGACUGAAAAACUAUGUGAUCCUCAGACUUCAGGAUGGGUCCAAUGCUGUCAGCAAGUGAUUAAUUAUUUUGUCCGUGACCGUAGUAAGCCAGCCGAGGUUCGAAUCACGGCUCUGGAAACCCUGAAAGAGGCUUUCUCUACCUACGAGUCCUUGGUUCUCUUUCAUACGGAGCGGCUUUUGGAUCUUAUGCUCGAGACCUUCAGUGACGAAGAUAGCAUCCUUUUCUUAGAGUCACUUGUUUCCUUCCUCGUCAACGAUAUCGUCCCUUCUUGUGAUGAUACUGCUUUGAAGUCUUUGAUAGAUAUCAUCAGCUCGCCAAUGACCAAAGAUCUGAAAGAUCUAAAUGGGGAAGAACAAGAUUCGAUUCAAGUCUCUUCUCCGGAGGGUCGGUCAUCGAUUUUCACGCUAGAGGCCUCUUUAGCAAACGUCUGCGCCGUUGGACUAGUGAGAAUGUUUUUGAGGUCAUUGAACCUAUCUGCAGCUAAAGCAAUAACGGUCUAUGAAGCACUUUUGAGGAUAGCAGAGUCUUCUGACAGGCCUUUAGACUCGCGUUUGACUGCACUCAAGAUGCUAUUUAGGCUUCGAUGCGACUCAUCAGGCUCCGUCAUCGUCAUUUCUGUUCCCGAGGAUAACUUCAGGAUGAGUAUAUCCGGCCGCAAUCUCGACUCCAAUUCUUUGACGAACGAUCUGGAAGACUCAGCCGGGGACCACAUCGCAGAGAAUGAAUCCAGCCUGUCGUUACCCCAGAGGAGGCUUCCGACGCGUGCGGCAUCGACCAGUGCUCUAUCUAGGUCCACCGGACGCAGCACAAGUCAUACUCAGCGAGUGCCGAAACUAUCUCAUCCCGUAUGGGCAUAUACAGCUCCGCAAGUCCUUCCAGAGGAGCCUCCGGUUGGAUCCAGCCCGUUUUUGUAUGCCCAUGCAACACCAAACACAUCGCCCCGAAUAGACUCGGAACCUGCUCAAAGAAUCGCGUUGAAAGCAAACGUGUGGCUAGAGACAAUCAUCAUAUUACUCCAGCGUGAAACGAACUGGGACAUUUACAGCUACGUUCUAACCCAUCUUGCACCUCAGCUCCAAAACAAAGAUUUGUUCGACAACGCAGUUCCUCAAAUCAAGCUGCUGCGCAGUAUUCUGUGUGACCAAAUCAAGAAUGAUUCCUUCCGAGAACCACCGGUCAAUACUGGGGUGAAGAAGUCUGACGUGGCUGGCUAUAUAUUCGAUUCUCUUUGCGUCCUGAUAAGUUAUCACGAGCACUUUGCAAAGAGUGAAGAGGACGAACUUGUUCGAUCAUUUAUGAUGGGCAUCAUCGGCUCUUGGGGAGGUACUUCCCGGGGAUGUAUACAUGCACUCUCGGUCUGCUGCCAUGAGAUCCCGCUUUCUGUGACUAAGGCCUUGAACGGGAUCCUAGACAAAAUUUCCAAACUUAUUACUCUGUCUAAUCUGGCUGUCCACAUAUUGGAAUUCUUGGCGCUACUUGCACGGCUUCCUGAGGUUUACAUUAACCUACGAGAAGAGGAAAUUCGCACGGUCUUUGGAAUAUGUAUUCGACUUUUACAGACUUCCCGAGAGCACAGGCAGAAGGUUGCCGAGUCACCAAACAGAAUUCUUCAAGGUGCUACAAGAACAGGGAGCGUUGUUCGUGAAGCCGCAGCUCUUCCUGGCAGUGAGCUUUCCGAGCCGUCGGCUCAGGAUGCCAUGUCUACUUACAUUUAUACCUCAACACAUCAUGUCAUGAUUUUCUGGUUUCUGUCCCUAAAGCUGCAAGAUCGAGCGAAACACGUCAAUUGGAUAACCAGCAGACUUAUCUUCGCGGAUGAGCAUGGCAAAGAAACCCUCGAAGAACAAAGUCAGGUCUUUCUCGACCUAAUGCAAAGGGUUGCUUUCUCGGAUUUGGGUGAGACUAUCCCCUUUACCACGUUUCCCCCUUCUCCUGAGGACGGACCUGUGGUAAAGAAAUCCUGGAUUGUGGGCAUGAGCAUAGUCACUGUUGAAACCGCGAGUGUUUCGGGAUUGUCACAAAUCACUAAAAGACAAGCGUCGGGGACAACUUAUGCGAUGUAUCAACAGCGCACUGCACCUGUUCUUCCUCAUCAAAUUCCGGUCACCCAUGAUGCUCAUCUGCAUUCGGAUAACAUGCGCACCGAUGUCCUUCCCAGUCACAUUAUGCUUCAAUUGACGGCGACGGCUUUUCCGACGCCAACUACAAUCCAGCCUAUUCCAUUACCAGAUGACGACAUGACGCGCCGGGCGCUGAGCACAUUUGACCGCAAUGACAUUGUGGAUGGCCAUAAGAUUGGCGUCAUAUACAUUGACGACGGUCAGGCUACAGAGGCAGAAAUCCUCUCCAACACUGUUGGCAGCCCUGACUACGAGUACUUUCUAUCAGGUCUUGGUACCAAGGUGUCGCUCAAGGACGCGAGGUUCAAUACGCAGGGCUUACAUGCGGAAACGGACGGGGAGUUUGCGUAUGCAUGGCGUGACCGUGUCACUGAAAUUGUCUACCAUGUCACGACGAUGAUGCCCACCAAUUUUGACACUGAUCCGUCUUGUAUCCUUAAAAAGAGCCACAUAGGGAACGACUUCGUGAACAUCAUCUUCAAUCAUUCCAAUACCCCGUUCAAUUUCAACACGAUACCCUCGCAGUUCAACUUCUUCAACAUCGUUAUCAGCCCUGUGUCGCGGCUCACUGAAAGUGACAAGGUAGAAACUGCAGGAGCGUUGAAUCCUGAAAACAUGUUCUACUGCGUCAAGGUAAUGAGCAAGCCUGGGUUCCCGGAAAUCUCACCCGCUGCGUCGCCCAAAAUCAUCUCGGGCAAAAAUCUUGCACCCUUUGUGCGCAUCUUGGCGCUUAAUGCGUCGGUUUUCUCCCUCGUUUGGAAUAGUCAGGGCGAACAUAUCUCAUCAUGGCGCAAUAGACUACGCGAAAUCAAGCGUCUACGGGAGCGAGUUAUGGGAUCUCAGUCCCAGACCCCGGAUACAUUAGAUGCCACAUACCCAACCCAACGCCGCAAUACCAAGGCCAACAUCUUCUCUGAAGAAGUGCCGGUACGCACUAGCUCUGGGAGGUCGGAGCUUUCGACCGAUUGGAAUGCGACAGCAGACUCGAACAUCCUCUUAAACCUCGACUUCGCGCGCUGGGCAAGGUGA